UAGUAAACAGUACGAUGCGAAUCGAGCUAUCGUCGACGUCGAAGCUGUCAAACAUGGCGAGAAUGUCGAUCUUGAAUGGUGGUCAAAAAUGUGAAUAGGAGGUUCGCGUUCGGUGGUGAGAUUGGUGAGUCUCGGGUGUUCUCGUCGUCGGCAGAGGCCGACGAGAGAUGCGAUCGGGAGUUAGACUGUCAGGCCGAAAGUGAAUGUGCCGAGUGAACGGCCCCGGCAGUUUUGCGGCCGGGAUUAAUCUAAGGGCAUGCCAAUUCGGGAACUAUGGGUGCUCAACAAACUAAGGAGAGAAUUGUUCCUGUCGGCUCUGCUGCGCGACAGACGCGCAAACAGCCUAGGAACCUCAAGGAAUCCCGUCUUGUCGGCUCUAAUAUAUUUACAGAGCACAGCGAAGCUCUUUUACAAAGCAGACCGCUACCUCACAUUCCGGCAUUACCAGAUGGUGAUCCACCAAAUGGGUCCAGCAUUCAGUCAAUUUCACAACAAGUGAAUAUUCAACAACAUACUGUGGUUUCUUCUGCUGGACUUUUGGAGGCUGCAAACAGGUGGACAAGUAAGGAAAACCUAUUGGCACAAGAAGAAGAUGAUCCUCAACUAUUUGUGGCUUUAUAUGAUUUUCAAGCAGGUGGAGAAAAUCAGCUCAGUCUUAAGAAAGGAGAACAAGUUCGUAUUCUAAGUUAUAAUAAGAGUGGAGAAUGGUGUGAAGCUCAUUCAAGUACUGGUCAAGUAGGAUGGGUUCCUUCAAAUUAUGUUACACCAGUAAAUUCCUUGGAGAAACAUUCCUGGUAUCAUGGAAGGAUAUCCAGGAAUGCUGCAGAGUAUCUCCUAAGCUCUGGUAUAAAUGGUAGUUUUCUGGUUCGUGAAUCAGAAAGCAGUCCAGGUCAACGCAGUAUUUCUCUGCGAUAUGAGGGUAGGGUAUACCAUUAUAGGAUUAACGAAGACAGUGAGGGAAAGAUGUUUGUUACAACUGAAAGCAAAUUUAAUACUCUGGCAGAAUUAGUACACCACCAUUCAAUGCUUGCUGAUGGUUUAAUUACACAAUUACUUUAUCCUGCACCAAAGCACAAUAAACCUACUGUUUUCCCACUUAGCCCAGAACCUGAUGAAUGGGAAAUUAAUAGGACAGACAUAGUCAUGAGGCAUAAAUUAGGUGGGGGGCAAUAUGGGGAUGUCUAUGAAGCUGUAUGGAAGAGGUAUAAUAUGACUGUGGCUGUAAAAACCUUAAAGGAGGAUACAAUGGCUCUAAAAGACUUUCUGGAGGAAGCUGCAAUAAUGAAGGAAAUGAAGCAUAGAAAUCUAGUUCAGUUAUUAGGUGUAUGUACUCGGGAACCGCCUUUCUACAUCAUUACAGAGUUCAUGAGCAAAGGAAAUUUGCUAGACUAUUUGCGGAAUGAGAGUAAACAUCAAAUAAAUGCUGUCGUUUUGAUGCAUAUGGCUACGCAGAUCGCCAGUGGAAUGAGUUACUUGGAAAGCAGAAAUUUCAUUCACAGAGAUCUAGCGGCUCGAAACUGCCUAGUGGGUGAAAAUCAUCUGGUGAAGGUCGCAGACUUCGGCUUGGCCCGAUUGAUGAGAGAUGAUACGUACACGGCUCACGCUGGAGCGAAAUUCCCUAUAAAAUGGACUGCUCCAGAAGGACUAGCAUAUAAUAAAUUUUCUACGAAGUCUGAUGUGUGGGCAUUUGGCAUCUUACUUUGGGAAAUAGCAACCUAUGGAAUGUCUCCCUACCCUGGUGUUGAUUUGACCGAUGUCUAUCAUAUGCUGGAAAAAGGCUACAGAAUGGAAUGUCCACCUGGAUGUCCACCGAAAGUAUAUGAAUUGAUGCGGCAAUGUUGGCAGUGGUCCGCUGCUGAUAGGCCCACUUUCAAAGAAAUUCACCACUCUCUUGAAAAUAUGUUUCAAGAAUCUAGUAUUACAGAAGAAGUUGAAAAGCAAUUGCAAGGAGGAGGAGAAAUUCCUUUACUUUCAUACAAAAAAUCUCAGACUGGUAGCACUGGAAACAUCCAUGGGCUUGUUCUAGUUUCUGAACCAUUAUCAUCUUCAGAUACUACCAGUUCAGUAACGAAACUGAGUACAUUCACAGGUGGUAUGUCGAGUAAGAACAAUAGUAGUAUCGUACAAAUGAGACGUUCUACGAAUAAAAAGGGGAAACAGGCUCCUGCCCCUCCAAAAAGAACGAGCUUGCUGUCGUCGUGCAGUUCGUUCCGCGACUCUGCCUAUCAAGAGCAAGACUCUCAAAACACUGAAACGAACACCAUGACUCUCGAUGAUGCCACGGAUCUAAAUGGUAUUGAUAAGAUUCUCGAAGGUAUUGCGCGAGAUCUCGCGACGAUGGCUCAAGGAACGAUUGCUACAGGAGGCUGUGAAAUCGAGGAGGAUGGAGAGGGUUCUCAGGGUACAGCGGAACCAAACUUUAUCACUCAACCUUCAACGUCUCCGGAACCUAUACCUGGCUUGACCUGUUCACAAAAACAAAUUAAGCCACGACCUUAUCCAUCGAAAGAGCCAUUACCACAAAAGUUGGUACAAGUUGGUGCAUUAGAAGUACAGAACGUAAAAAGAGCCAUUAAUCGUUACGGUACAUUGCCAAAAGGUGCUAGAAUUGGCGCGUAUUUGGAGUCUUUACGUCAGAGUGGCAUGCCAUCGAAUCAGGAAUCGACGACAGUGGCUUCUUCCAUGACACCUGGUACAGUGGAACAACAUGAAGCAUCUAUCGACAAUUCGCAACACAGAUCUCUUUCUCCUCGUCAAAGUAAUUUACGAAGUCAGCCUCAAAUGACUCGUAGUAAUUCUUCAAGCGGUGUUGUUAAUACUUAUCAACCUCCAAAUUCUCCCCGUACUCGAGUAGUAGCUGUAAGAAAGAAUAAUCAGUCUGAUGCUGUCGGUUUAAGAACUUUUCGGGUUUCAAGUAACUCUAAUUUUCGUACUGCGAGCCCAUCGAGAUCUGUUCAACCGUCGUUAGCUGACUUGGAGUUUCCUCCUCCACCCGCAGAUUUGCCUCCUCCACCAGAUGAAAUUUUUUCUGGGCAAGAACAAGCUGAACUACCACCUCCUAUUUCUUGCAGCGAAAUUUCUCAAAUAAGAAAUUCUCCUUUAUCCAUAAGAAAAGCAAAGAGUACAGAUUGGCGUUCAAAGGAGGAUGAAAAUGAGCAUCAAGAAGACAGGAAUGAUGUUAGUAACGCAGAACCCUCUGUAAAAGAAGCGUGUUCGAGGUUUGGAGUUAAUUUGAGACGCAGAGAAACUCAAGAUAACUCGUGUAGAACUACCGAUAAUAAAAGAACGGGUUUUAAGUCCAGGAUAGAAACAAUCGAGCCUGCUGCACCACCAGAAGAAGCACCACCACCUCCUCCACCACCUCCACCACCAGUUUCCACAAAUUCACCUCCUGAUAGUUUUGAACGGAAACCUGGAAUGAAAGAGAUGUUGGAAUUGAAGCUGAUAAAUGAAAUUAAACAAAGUGCAGAAACUAAACAUGGUACUACUACGAAAAAACCUGGAGUAAUAAGCAGUACUCCAUCUGCUCUUUUGGAUCCAGCAUCACAGUUACUUUCGGAACUCUGUGCAAGUUUUAACAUGGAUUCUGGACAAAGACACGCUCAAAAUGAGUACGCUGUAUCAACUUUAAAAACCAACGAAGCAAUUCAAGAACAACAACUUCAAAUACAUAAUACUCAUAAAGAUUCAUGCAUAUCUUCUCCAGUAACUGAGUCGAUACUCUCUAGCGGAAGUGUCGGUUUUAAGUUGAAGAGAGUAGAUAAGCGAAAUAAUCCGCAGAAGGAGGAGACAUCUGAUGGACAAAUAAUCGAUUUCAAGGCCAGACUUCGAAAAGUUGAGAAUGCAGAAAGGGAAAAAUCGUUAGAGGAGAAAAGUACUAUCACUGAACAAUCUUCAGAAUCAGAAGAACAACAAGAUGAUAAGCGCAGAAGCACUGGUAGUAUCAGCAGUUUAAAGAAACUUUGGGAAAAUAAAGAAUCCUGUGAUAGUCAGCCUCACAGCCCAAAACUCAGUGUCAGAGGAAGUAGCGGUAAACAAGAAACUCUUGACCAGACAGAAGAUUCACCUGAAGAUCAUAGUGGAGCCUCAACCCGUAGUCAGAGUUCUGGUAGCAAAAGUGAUACUAGACUAUGGCCACCACCUGAACCAGAAAAACCAGUUGUUCCUGCAAAACCACUAAAACCAUUGUGUUCUUCAACUAAACAUUUUGGUUCUUCAAUUUAUGCAACACCAAACUGUACGAAAUCUCAACAUGCAGAAGACGAUCUAAGUAAACAGAAUACAGACUCAAAAACCGCAAAACAAAUCGUACUGGAGCUUUCAACAUUAAUUGAGAACAGCGUAUUAAAUUUGAAAAGUAACUCAACGAUAGUAAUGACUAGCUGGCUUCAACUUUCAGACAAGGUAGGGCUGUUACAUGGAAUGUGCGCUAAUCUCGCAGACAGUGGUAUCGCACCGCAUGCGCGAUUUCAGUUUCGCGAACUUCUUGGAAAGUUAGAACUUCAGGCACGACAACUUCGUGCAGCUGGUACUCGAAAUGUCGCAGAGAAUACAAGACUUCUCACUGACCUCCAAAACACGAUAAAGGAUGUUGUCAAUACCGUACAAAGAUAAAUUAGAGAAAUUAACAUCAUUCUCUCUAUCUCCACCCUUAUUCUCGUCCUCAUUUUCACCCGAUACUAUUUGCAAUGUCCCUGUCUGUUACUCAAUCAUGAAAUGUUUUGGACACCUUCGGAAAUCGUUCCGAAGUCUUGUAUCAGACUUAUAUGUUUUAACUUCUGUGUUAAACAUCAAGCAACUUUAUGGUUCUUAUCUAAUCUCAGUUGAGAUCCAUUUAAAAUACUUCUUUUGCAAUGGAUAUUUUAUAAAGUUUCUAUUGCAAUGAUUUUCCUAGAAAUACUUUUAUAAUUUUGCUCCUGGAGAGAGUACGCUAACCCAAGGAUAUUUUAGAGUAAGGCCUCAAGUCGAUCUCGGCCUCAAUCAAGUACUGAUUUGAUGGAAAAGUAAGAAAAAUCUAAAAUUAAAAUACUAAAUUAAAAAAUAUAUAUAUAUUUCUCUCUCGAUUUUUUCAUCAAUACAUUUCUUAAUAUAGACUGCGAUUAGCCAUUUUCCUUCGGAUUUUGAGAUAUUAUUAUAAUAAAAGUAUUAUUCUUUUGAUAUCGAGAAAAAAAGACCACAUAGUACAUAAAUGUAAUUCACUUAUAUUUUUUAUGUAUUGAGUUUUGCAAAAAAGAAAAAAGGAAGAAAAGAAAUAUGUAUUCUCAAGAGCAAAGUGAAUUUAGAAGUAUGAUAAGUAUAUAAAUAAGGAUCAAAUAUACUCUGGUUCCUUAAAUUUUUUUAAUAAUAGUUUAAAAUUGAUAGAAAAAGGACGAGUAAUCGCAGUUUAUCGAGACAAAAGAACGCAUAUUAAUCUUAUGAAAACAGAAAAAGAUACUUUUUGUACACUGAACACUUGGUUCUUCUUUUUGUAAAUUAAUUAUGGUUACUUCUACGUCGAUCCAACAUGUAUCCUGUAUAAGUGAAAACUCUACGUGAAUCAUACUCGUCCGCUAUACGAUAAAUGUAGUGAUUAUAGUUGUCGAGUAAAACAUCUCGGUGUUCUUUCAUCGAACUUUCUCGCGCCGUGCUUCGUAAUAUCGUACGCAGUCUUAGGCUAGAUUAUACAUCGUAAGUGCGAAAACUUUUAAGCGAGUAAGCCAUUUUAAUGCGUGAGAGGAUGUAACAACUUUUGUAUUUGUAUAGAGUAAGUCGAAUAACAGGUAUGCUUAAUAAUACAGUAAAACUUUGAUUAGAGAAAUUAAUCAGAAAAAAUAUUCUUAAAUUGAUGGACUUUUCGAUUAAUCAACCCCCAUUCAUUUUAUUUGCAUAUAUAAUAGUAUCAUUUAUUCCGUUUUUAACUCAUUUAUGAUAUAUUGUUUCAGUGUUUUAAAAAUUUUUAUUGUUUGUAAUAUAUAUAAAAAUUUGAUUGUUUGAUGUGUUGAUAUCUAUCGUAAAUUUGUUUUCAUGCAAUAACUAUACUAAGCAUGUAUUAUUAAAAUAUGUUUAUCUUAGAUAUAUAAAAAUUUGUCAGCCAAAAAUAUAAUACUUGUCAAUUUAAAUUGAUAGUUAUAUUAAUAUUACUAAUUAAUAUUGAAUAAUGGAAAGUUCGAUCAAGUAUUAUAAUAAUCAAAAAUCAGAUUUGUAUAUGAUCAAAUAGUGUCAAGGUUUUACUGUAUAUAUUUAUGUAAAUCAGCGGGUGUAAUUAAUCAAAUUUCGAAAUAUUUUAUUUUGUCUACGCAUCGCGUAGAUUUUCUUCCACAGAGCGCUAGUAAAAAAUAAGGACUCCGGAUACUUUUUAAAGAAAUCGAGGAAAAGAAAGCAAAAACAAACUAUCAACUUUAAAUAAAAAUUAGUAUUCAUUUUA